GAUCAAACAGCUUGUUUUUGCAUCGUACCUAGUGCACUUAUACAUACCGAAGUCGUAUUUGGGUUUACACUUGGAUUGACAGCCUAUAAAUUUGACAACUAAGUCGUGCAGCGAAACUUUGGAUUUAAGAUUUAUCUCAAGUCAUGUCUCCUUUGAGCGGGAAAGUCCAGACAGUCCUGGGCCUGGUGGAUCCAGACCAAUUGGGUCGCACCAUGACCCACGAGCACCUGACCAUGACUUUCGAGUGCUGCUUCGUCCCCCCGGCUCCAGGACACGAGAACAAUUCCUCGGCACCCAUCCAGCUGAAGAACAUGCACUGGCUCCAGCAGCACCCGUACAGCCACCGCGAGAACCUCCUGUUGUGCCAGGAGAUCGAGGCGGUGCGAGACGAACUAAUCUGCUUCAAGAAGGCUGAAGGUGGCACCAUCGUGGAGAACACGACGACGGGUAUAACUCGAAAUCUGCCCGUUUUACGCCAGCUGGCCAUGGAUACAGGGGUCAACAUUGUUGCAGGGGCCGGGUACUACGUAGACGUCACUCAUUCUGAUGAGAUGAGAAAGAUGACCGUGGAGAAGCUCACUGAUGUUAUAGUGAAAGAAGUGUCACAUGGUGCUGAUGGAACUGAUAUCCGCUGUGGCGUGAUCGGAGAGAUUGGCACUGGUUGGCCAAUCACAGAGAGUGAAAAGAAAGUGCUGCUUGCCACCGCACAUGCACAGACACAGCUGGGAUGUCCGGUUAUCAUUCACCCGGGCCGGAACCGUGCCGCCCCCGGCGAAAUAGUCCGAAUCCUUCAGGAGGCAGGAGGGGACAUCUCUAAAACUGUGAUGUCCCAUCUGGACCGAACUAUAUUUGAUCACGGUGAGUUGCUGGAGUUUGCGAAAUUAGGAAGCUACCUUGAGUACGACCUCUUCGGCAUAGAAAUGCUGGACUACCCCUUUAAUUUGCACAUCGACAUGCCGAGUGACAGCCAGAGGGUUCAAACUCUGGCAUUUCUAGUCAAAGAAGGCUACGAGGACAGGAUCGUCAUCGCUCACGAUAUCCACACCAAGAACCGUCUGACCAAAUACGGCGGGCACGGUUACUCCCACAUCCUGAAGAACAUUGUGCCCAAAAUGCUUUCCAGGGGCAUCAGUCAAAAGCAGGUGGACAAGAUACUGAUCGACAACCCCAAGCAGUGGCUAACCUUCAAAUAGAUCUGGUAUUGAAAUCGGAAGAUGGGUUCGAGUCAUGUGAUCAUGCAGAUUAAGCGUUUUCCCUUUAUGGAAAAAAAAAUCUACUUAGAAUGUUUGCAAAACACUUUCUUUUAUGAUCUUUGGGAAUCCUAAAUUGCUCAAAAAAGUUUUUUUUUUUUUUUUUUUUUAAAGGUAAAAAUAAUUAAUUUCUACAGUUUCAAAUAACAUGAUUGUUAAGUGUGUGUGUGUGUGUGUGUGCGCGUUUGUGUAUGUGUGAAAUUCAUCUCACCUUGGCUCCUCACUCAUCAUCCAAUUAAGAUAAAUCAAAAUAGAUUUCAAGGCUGUUGUUUUGUGUACCUCAUCAGGGAAAACGGCUGGAUGCGAUUAAUUAGGCGCACAAUUAAAGGAGGGUUUUGGGACAUCGUUCAAUACUCCAGACACAACAAUAAAUAAGACACCUUUUGAUUUCAGACAAAUACCUUCUGCUAAUCAUUCUGCUUCAAUGGGAAAUCACGUCAAUGCAAUGUCUGGACUGUAAUUGUACAUUCUUUUUUUUUUUCAUCCAAUCCUAAUUAAGAAUGUAGUGCAACAAACAUACUAACUUCAGACUAACUUACAGUACACUGAUAAAACCUUUUAAAUGGUAUGCCCAAAACAGCUCUGAUCCCUCGAGGCAUGAUUUAAGAUCCGGGGAAUUUCACCCCAACAACCCGACUGGAUCAACAACCUCGAACUCUUUGCAUAAAGUUGUGAUGCACUGAGUGUUUUGGUGCCUUUCUAUUAUAGCCAGCGAUUUUUUUUUUUCAUUCAUUCAUGCUACUGUGAGAUCAGAUAAGACAGACCUGCCUGAAUCAGCCUUGGGUGCCUUUGAUCCUGUCACCAGUUUACUGUUAUAUAACUGAUAAUUGAUUAAUAAUUAAUAUUUGAUAAUCAAUAGACAAAAUAGAUUGAUAUGUGAGAUUCAGUUUUUUGAAUUUGGAGAUUAUAAUGCUUAUUAUACAGUAUUACACUCGGUUCCGAACGAGUAAUCUGAUUACAUUACAUUAAUUACACUGUCGGUCACACAUGGGUGAAAGUAUGUGUACGGUUCACAGUACUGAGAAGAGAGCUGCCAAAAUCCACAUUAACAAUCAGUCAAAGAAGCACUUUCAGCAAAAAAAAUGAUCUAAUAAUGUUAUUUUAUUUUAACCAACACUUUGUAUGCUUAAUAACCAGUUAGGACAGGAUAAACUGUACGGUGGUGAAGCAAAAUAACUGGUUAAAUAAGCAAGCAAAUCGUAGUCCAUUAAUAAUAAAUGGUGUUUGUGGAACUGUUAUAUAAAAGCAAUAUUACAGUUCAGGAUGUGCUGUUGUACUAAAUAUAAGCAUGGCUGUGAUACUGUACUGUAUCUUCAGUACUCAGACACCCUCAUGUCUAAGACCUCAUCACAGUCGCGCUGAUAUUCGAUACAACAGCACUCCUACCCAAUGACGUGAUAUUGCUUAAAAUCGUGUUACAUUCGCUAUGUAAUUUUUUUUUGACUGAUAGAAACACAAUUAUUUGGUGGUGUUCAUGUACAGUAUAUCCCCAUGUUGUUGUUUCAUUUUGACUGAAUUUACAACACUGUGAAAAUAAAGCACUUAAUAAAUCAACUUUAAAUUAAAAGGAAGGAAAAAAAAACUUUGCCCUUAUUUGUCCUGAUAAAAAUUAUAUUAAAAGAUAAAUAUUUGUACCAUGUUCUUGUACUUGUUUGAAAAGGUGUCAGUGAUGGUGUAACCAAAAACACUGGUUUAGGCUUUAUACUUUUUCAAAAGAUUCUUUAGAGUUUGCACUUGAUGAUGUCGGAUGUAGUCUUUUUUUUGUGUUGUUGUUGUUGUUUCGCAACCAACCUGCGCCUAACAUGUGACAGCUACCAGCUGGGGAGGGUGAAGCCUAAUAACACGUGUUUCAUCCAUGACAUGUAAAGCCCAGCCAACUGUUGCUCAUGCUGCAUCACAGGACAGUGUAAUACACUCAGAGAAAAACAUUAUCCUAUCAAUCCUUCUACACAUACCUGAUCUCACAGGAUAAGGCAAGAGCAUAUGCUCCUCCCCUGCAGACGGCCAAAUGUGCUCAUAUUCUUGCACAGUAUGUGUAAAUAGACAACCGGUUGCACCACAUACUGUAAUACCUUUUUGCAAUAUUCAGUGGUGGAGAUGUUUUUUUUGUUUUUUAUUUUAGUGUAGAUUGCACAAUGCUGAUGUCAUUCAAUA